UCCAACGUUUAGCAACUCAACUCUCCACUAACACAACCGACAGUAUCAUGACAGGACGUGGUAAAGGAGGCAAAGGACUCGGUAAAGGAGGAGCGAAGCGGCAUCGUAAAGUGCUCCGGGACAACAUCCAGGGAAUUACAAAACCGGCAAUUCGUCGNGUGAAACGUAUUUCCGGCCUUAUUUACGAAGAAACUCGUGGAGUACUGAAGGUAUUCUUAGAGAACGUUAUUCGAGAUGCCGUCACCUACACCGAACACGCUAAGAGGAAGACCGUCACCGCCAUGGACGUCGUCUACGCUCUUAAACGGCAGGGCCGCACUUUGUACGGUUUCGGAGGUUAAACGUCCCUAAACUCUGCGAUACACAUCUAAAAAAAAGUCUACUGCGUGGUCUCGUCAAAUUAGUUUAAGAUUUAAAACGGUCCUUUUCAGGGCCACCAUAUACU